AUGCCUCAAGAGCAGCACUCUGUCCAUACAUAUGACCACCACCCUGAAGGGUUUGAAAUCAACAAAGUUGUUGAUGAUGGUGACUAUGUUUUUUUCGGUAAUGAAAGAUACUUGAAAUCCGAAUUAGUCGAAGCCUUCGGUGGUACUUUAAACCCCGGUUUAGCUCCUCCUCCUAAACAUAACUUUGCUAACCCAGCUCCUUUGGGUUUAUCCGCUUUUGCCUUAACCACGUUUGUUCUUUCCUUGAUUAAUUGUGAAGCCAGAGGUGUUACCAUUCCUAAUAUUGUUAUUGGUUUAGCUUACUUUUAUGGUGGUGCCGCACAAUUAAUUGCUGGUAUGUUUGAAAUCGCUGUUGGUAACACUUUUGGUGGUGUCGCACUUUCAUCAUACGGUGGUUUCUGGGGUUCAUGGGCUGCUAUUAACACCAAACAAUUUGGUAUUAAGGCUGCUUUUACAAGUGCAGAUGGUGAAUUUGAUCAAACAUCUUUUGAAUAUGCUGUUGGUAUUUUCCUCGUUGGUUGGUUUAUUUUCACUUUUUUCCUUAUGUUGAUGACCUUGAAAUCUACUGUCGCAUUCUUUCUGAUUUUCUUCUUUUUAUCGAUUACAUUUUUACUUUUGGCCAUUGCUGAUUUAAAAGCUGGUGACAGAAAUGUAAAGAAGGCCGGUGGUGUAUUCGGUUUACUUACCGCUUUCGCUGCUUGGUAUAAUGCUUAUGCCGGUUUAGCCAAUCCUCAAAACUCUUAUUUGGUUCCAAAAGCUAUUCCUUUACCAGACUUGCAGGCCAAGCACCAAACGGUUUAA